GAACGCGGAUUUCGGAGUUGAUGCCCUGACAUCGGAACCGGAAGCUGGGUUUUUAAAGCCCUUUUCGAGCGUAAUACUUGAAAAUAUUAAGCGGGUACUUCAUCUAACUUUAUACCAAACACUCGAUUCCUGUUUAUUUCCCUUCGUAUCGAUAUCAAGGAAUUAUCUUUGUUUCAUUUGAUGAUCGUCUAGAGCUUCCAGGAUCAGGAUGAAGAGAGCAGAGAUGGAGAGUGAUUCAGAAGCUGGCAAAGGCAAGAACAAGAAAGCAAAGGUGGAAUCAAUCAACUUAGCCUCUCAGAAUGUCAUAACUCAGAUGAUGGAUAUUGCUCAACCUCUAUCUACUCUGAAGAAGAUGCUUGGACAAAGACUACAGUGCAAGCUUGAUGAACAUGAAAUCUACCUUCAAAACACUGCUACUUUGGUUGAGGAUAAGAGUUUAUUAGAGCAAGGUAUCUCUGCGGAAGGAGUGGUUCAGUUCAGUGUCCAGGUCAUCUCCAAUCAGGGUGUGAAACCCCGGCUGAACAUAGUUGACAUUGUGAAACCAAUCAUUGAAACUCUAGAGGUACCCAUGGUGACAGAAGUUCCAGUUGAAGACAUAGAGGAUGAGAGUUUGAAGCUGGUGGAGGGCGCCAUAGGGGAAGAAGAGGAAGAACAGGUCACUCGUUGGAUCGUAUGCAGUAACUACAGAGAUGAGCAGGACAGGUUGAACAUCCCGUAUGAUCCUGAGCUGUGGACGGAGGACCACACAUUACACUGGUUAAUCUGGGCUUCAGGAGAGUUUGCAAACGAAGCUCUGGAUCAUGUGAAAGACAUCGUCAUGACGGGGAGUGAGAUGUGCGCUCUCACAAAAGAAGAAUUCUGUGAACGGUUUCAAAAAGAAUCUGAAGAUCUCUUCUGGACCCAUCUUGAACUUCUCAAGAGAACUGUUCCUCAGUGUGGCGCUACAGCAAUGGCUGUCGGAGCAGAAGAAUCGGUCACGGAAACGGAGAAUGGUGCACCCCCUGCCGUCAAACCAGCGCCCACGCCCAAGCGCCCUCGUGCUGUAUCAAGGAGUAGCAGUACGGAAGACAAAUUCUCCCCGGGAAACAGGACAGGUAACAACGGACAGAUUCAACUGUGGCAGUUCUUGUUGGAACUGUUAACGGACAAGGACGCAAUGGAUUUUAUCUCUUGGGUAGGAACUAAUGGUGAGUUCCGCCUCAAUGAUCCGGAGCUUGUUGCUCAGAAGUGGGGUGAGAGGAAGAACAAACCAUCCAUGAACUAUGAGAAGCUUAGCAGAGCGCUAAGAUAUUACUAUGACGGGGACAUGAUAGCCAAGGUACACGGUCAGAGGUUCGUCUAUAAGUUUGUCUGUGAUCUCCGGAGCCUUAUGGGAUAUACGGCAGCAGAACUCGAUAAACUCGUCAAGGAAUGCCGACAAACUAAAUUACAUCGUGUGAGUGAUGACAUAGUCCAGAGCCAUGUGACAAUAUCGAGUGCAUAGCGAUAGAAAUGGACUUUUGUCCGUGAUCUUCGGAGCCUUAUGGGAUACUCAAGAAACUUGUGAGGGAAUGUCGACGAGAGUGAUGACAUAGUCCAGGGCUCUGUCAUGAUACAGAGUGCAUCGCAAUAGGAAUGGAUUUUGGGUGAACAGCCUGCUUUUGUAUAGCCUGCAAACGAAUAUGGGCAUGCAGAAGGCAUUACAACACGUGGAUAAUGAUGUAUUCUAGACACUGCACUGUAAUGAUAUCAAACGCUCUUCCCCUCCGCACAGCAAUACUUGGUUUAUCCAGUAUGUUCACGAACAGACUGCUUGUAGUAUAAAGUCUGUGAAGGAAUAUGUAGGCAGGAGGAAUUAUGACGUGGAUGAUGACAUUGUCAAGCCUACUGCGGUGAUAUCUAAUGCAUAUUUUCUCCCUACGCACAGUAUUAGUUGUACAGUCAAACCUGCUUUAGUGACCACCUGUCUACAAAUGACCACCUGUCUACAAGGACCACACUUUUUGUUCCUUUUGAAAAUGGUUUCUCAUUGA